GGUUCAUGUUGUCGAGCAGCGGUUUGGUUAUUUCUGUUCUGCGCCCAGGCAUUGAACUUCAAGUGAUUUCGGAUCGUGUAAUCUGCCUAUUUCUUGAGCAGCUUCUGUGACCUCCCUUCCCUCACUCUAUUCGGCAACGACAACUCUUACUUACCUUUCGUUCGCGCCCAAUACCUAACUAGGGUCUAUCCCCAUUCCGAAUAGCAAUCACUGUCGAUGUCUUCCAAGUCUCGGGAGGACAAGUCCUCCAGCGGCUUUCACCAGGAGUACAUCGCGUCCCUGCGUUAUCGCAAUGACCUUCCUCCGCCGCAUAUGCCCCCAAAGCUACUCGACAUUCCUCAUGAGGGCCUGAGCCGUUUCCUAACCCCCGGCUUUGCCUCCAAUCUUGCGCGGCGAGAGGAGCCCAACAUUGAUGUCGACGCCGAGGGUGGUAUGCCCAUCGACCUGGUGGGUCUUCCGGGCCUGCAUCUGGGAGAUGAGAGUGCUAUCAUGGCGCCCGAGCACCCUCUACCAAUGGACCCCGCAGACCUUCCGCUUUUAAUGACCCUCGACCAGCUUCGCAAUCCUGCUCCGAGAAAUACAAACGUCAGCUUCCUUCGUCGCACUCAGCACAUCUCAGUCGAUCGCACCGCUGGUCCGGGAAGCGCUCCCGCAAAGGGGCUGAACCGUGCGGUCAAGAAGGGAAAGGUUUCGGUGGAAGACCCUAAGCACAUCAAAAAGUUCAUCCAGAAAGGUUUCGAUAUUGCCUAUCCCCAAAGCAAGCAUACCGGCGAAGACACGGACAGUCAGAUCAGGGGCCUCCCAGCGACGAAAGCGGAAACGGAUGCAUGGGCACGUCCCGUCCACCCUGACAACCCGAAGCUGAAGCCAGUCGGAUUCUUCCCAUUGCUGCCGGACCUCUCAGGCUUCCCCGACCCUGGUGGUUUUGUCCAAUUCAAGUUCGAUAAGGCGCCUGUGUCUGCAAUUGCUGGCAAGCGGGACAAGCGUAUGGAUGUGGCUCUGCUACACCCUUCUGCGCCGGAAGAACGCAUCUGCCAGGAGCACGCUUCAAAGCAAGCUCUUCACAAGGCUAAUCCAGACCUUUAUCCUGACCCGGGCCCUAUUCCCUUCGAUUACGACCUGCAUCUACCUGAAAAACAGGAGUCGGUUAAGAAAGUCUACGCCAGUAUGGACUUGAAUAACCCGGACCGGGACGAUGACGACCUCUACACCAAUGAGGGCCCUGAUGGCGCCAAGUACCACCGCUUCGAUCGUGUACGGACCUUCGCCACAAGUGCUCAGAGUCUGAAUACCGAUCAAAAAAUGAAGGACAUUGCCCUAACUCUCCACAAGCCGCGUGAAGGGGAGACCAAGCAGCAGGCCGCAUUCUACUACCCGAUCAUCAGCAAGGUGCGCCUGAAGCCGGAACGUGCUCGCACCAUCGCACAGGCCGGUCUUGCUCCCACUGCUUCGCAGGCGCCGGAAGAGAAGAUCGAUCAGUUCCACGUCACGGUCCGUGAUCCUGACGAGGCGGAGGUCUACAAGCGCUCGCUGCACCGGGCCAACAUCGAUCCGAAAUUCGCGCAGACCCUCCCGCUCCCGCCUGCUGAGGGAGACGCCCUUGAAGAGGAGGAGGCAGGCGAUGAUACGCGGAUGAGCGAUGAGUAAAAAGAAAGACCAUAGCUGAUUCGACUCGAUCGUGGCAUUUGUUUCUUUGACCUCCGACAUCGGAGUUAUUUUUAUGGAGCUUGGCGUAUGGGAACGAGGCAAAUCAGCGUUGUUUGUAUGUAUAGAUUCCAGCAGAGCCCGAUGGUGGUACAAAUAUUUCUGGCCAUUCUUCAAUAUCAUUACGAUUAAUGGUGUUCAAAUUCCUACAUUGAUGACAAACCAGGAGACACAUUGUCUCAAACAAUGAAGAGUAACUAUAUUACCUUGACUAGGUCAACCAUAUCAAAACUUUCCUCAGG